UAACUAAUGUUUCCCAUGAUGUAAGAAAACGUCUUUGGCAURAUUGCUGUAAAUAUCUUUAAAUGGACUGAAAAAAUUUUGGAAGUUUAUUUGUACCAACCUUGGAUCGCAAAUGGAAUUCGAGAAGGAAAACUAGCUUUGAAAAAUCAUCACGCAGCUUUAAAACUGGGCUUCUGGUUGUGUAAUUUUACCUUCGUAAAUUCUAACCGCAGACUGGCGAAACUUGUUUAUUUCCUGAUCAAUACCAAAAUAUUGAUCUUCCCUUUCUCAUUUUGCUUCGAAUUUAAUCAGUAURACACUGGCAUUUUAGCCUGUUUUGUAAGCUAUGCACUGUUUCCUAACAAAGGAACAACGUGAAAGCUAUCUUCGUGAAGUGUAUUACUCUUCCUUCAGUGACAGAAGACCUAGUGUAUCCGGCACGAGGAACGAUGACAUCAGGAACCUUGGUCAAUUGAUGCACAAGCUGUAUAACUUAGUCGAAACUGGGGAAGGGUUGUCUAUAGAAGCAGAAAAGACCUUGAAAAGUAUCAUCAAAAUUCGGAUGCAUGGCAAGCCCAGUUUUUACGAGGCCAAGCUUUUCACAGACUACAAACGAUUCCUCAUGGUUCGGAAUCAACGAGAGGAAAACGUACGAAAGUCUCGUGAGCAACAGUGCCUCCAGUUCUUUUUGGAGGAAAACCAUGUUUCCCCACCCUCCCUCUCACGUGGGGAUGAUUGGUUCUGGGGUUCUAGACAGCAGUUGAGAUGCGGAGAGAUCAUUGGAGACACAUUGGGAGGAAUAGAUGCCGUGUUUGGUGCUCUAUUAUAUCCAAAAGGUGGGAAGCUUGACUCUAAAGUCUUACGCACAAGACGAUUCUCAACUAUCAAUCGAAAGAAAGACGACACGGAGCAGGAAAUUAUCAUGUACCAUACCGCUGUCCACGAUGCUUGUGGCUACCUGCAGGAAUAUCAUGGAGUAGGGCCUGGGUACAACUACCUUGGAACCCCCUUCACGGUUUUUCCAACAUUUUUUCCUCAAAGUGGUCGACUUGCUGCUUUAAUGUUUUGGAAAAAGCUUGUAAACGAACCUAAGCUUCCAGACGAAUAUUAGAAGAAAAUAUGGUCUAAGUGAUAUUCGACCAUUCCUGAUCAAGCAUGGGACAGUGUCAAAAGACAACUGUAGACGGUGGCGGGUGUUUUAAAAGAAACUGGCAAGGGARACAGUUUGAACAGCAUGGAAGCCAUGAUGACGACGAUCAUACGAUCUAUUGUAAAUAGUGAAACGAUGAUUCACACAUGAAAAUCUGUAUAAUGGAAUCGUAACAUUUUGUGCAGUUUGUGGAGAUAGUAUUUUACUGUGAUGACAAUAUGCCAGCCAACUAUUUUUAUCAGGGGCGUAUCAAUGGAGUGACGCAUCUUCCCGCGCAUUGGUAGUUUAUUUGUAUGUCCUUUCGGCAGGGGUUUAUUGAGGUUUAGGGCGACUGUUCACCUCAUCAGGGGAUAUACGCUCCGGUUUACCCAAGGUCUUCUCCAGUUUUGUUUCAACAGUUAUUUCAGUGACCAUUACACUGCAUAGCUCAGGAAUGGCACUUGAAAGGCUUAAAAGAUUCUUAUCAGAAAGGGAAUUGUAGUUGCUUAGGAUAUUUUUAAACAUAAUGUUUCCAUUUUAUCACGGGUUGACCUACUACACCAAUUAAUUUUAACAGCAGCAUGAUUCACUUUUCUUAAACGUAUCGUGAAUGAUACGGGGCUAACAUGAAAAUACAAAAGAGAUCACACUUUUUCUUGAUGGAAUUUGUGGCAUUUCUUAUGUAUUUCCAUGUUAGCCUCGUAUAAAAGACAAUUUUAAGGAGGGUGCAUUGGAACGCAAUACCUCGACAGGUGACUUAAAACUAAGAAGGUGGACGAGGAAAUUAGGUUAUUUGCUCACCGACUUCCAAAGAUUCGAAAAUAAAUCCAGUCAUAACUUUUGGGUCCCCUGAAUACAGUGAACAAUCAAUCAAUCAAUCACAUGGCCAAAAAAGCGCAUGACGAAGAGUAGGUGCAAAAAGACUAUAGAUGACUUUCAGUCGCUUUUUCACUUUUCAUUCAUCCUUUGAAUCACAUCCAGUGACCCUAUAGAAAUCAWUUGCUCAUUACGUUUCUUAGCAACAACUUUCUGAAAAAUGGAAGGACAGUAUGAUAGACUGAAUCAGUUGAUUUYGUUUGAUUUUUAGUUCAAAAAGCUUAAAGAAAAAAAAAAUCAGUAAGAUAGUUUGAUAUCACUAUAAUUAGCUAUUACAUGUAAAUAUUUGACAACUGAUUUAUAUACGAAGCUGAUGAAUAUGAUAUUAAAACUCAUAAAAGCGUUA